AGAACGACAAGAUUCCAAGAAAAAAGAAAAAAACAGAAAACUCAUCAGACGAGUAAAAGAACUAACAUCGGUCUCGUCUUUUGGUCGCACGUCAGAAUCCAUCAUCAUCAUCAAAGACCUCUCUUUGUUCCCGUGAUAGAUCCUUCUUAACCAAAACUCACCGACCCAUUUCUUAGUUCCCCCCAAUUCUACUCCUGGGUUUCGUAAUUACGUUCCCAGGUUCGAGCUUUCUUCUCCGGGGAAUCUGAAACCAAUUGCAAAAUCAAAAAUUUGGUUUCUUUUUCUCAGACAUUGUUUACUUCGGUGAAAGCUUAGGUAUUUAGACUCUCAUUACAUGUCAGAAAUUUCAGCUCCGGCUUCUUUUUCAGGUUGUGUAUUGUGGAGAUAAAUCUUUGGAACAAAGAUGAGAGUGAUGAAGAAUAAACACAACAAGAAAGCAACGUUUUUACGUUGUUCACCGUUUGGUUUAGUAUCUACAGUUGUGGGAUGUGUUUUCAUGAUUCAUUUCACCAUGUUGUAUAGCAGAAGAUAUAGUGUUGAUCUUGAUGUUUCACCUCAGUUACUUAUCCAUCAUCCUAUUGUCCGUGAGCUCGAACACGCUGAAGAAGAGAAUAUUCAUAUGCCGCCUCCUAGAAAGCGUUCUCCGCGAGCUAUCAAACGAAAACCAAAAAUACCAACCACUUUAGUCGAAGAGUUUCUUGACGAGAAUUCUCAGAUUCGCCAUCUGUUUUUCCCUGAUAUGAAAUCAGCUUUUGGUCCUACCAAGGGUAAUAAUGAUACAUCACAUUACUACUUCCCGGGGAGAAUUUGGACAGACACGGAAGGGAAUCCGAUUCAAGCACACGGUGGUGGCAUUUUGUUUGAUGAAAUAUCAAAGGUUUACUAUUGGUAUGGUGAAUAUAAAGAUGGACCAACUUAUCUUUCUCACAAGAAAGGUGCCGCUCGAGUUGAUAUAAUCGGUGUUGGAUGCUACUCGUCGAAAGAUUUAUGGACAUGGAAAAACGAAGGCGUUGUAUUAGCAGCCGAAGAAACGGAUGAGACACAUGAUUUACACAAAUCCAAUGUUCUGGAGCGUCCUAAAGUGAUAUACAAUUCAGUAACAGGUAAGUACGUGAUGUGGAUGCAUAUCGAUGAUGCAAACUACACGAAAGCUUCGGUUGGUGUAGCCAUUAGCGAUAACCCAACAGGUCCAUUCGAUUACUUAUACAGCAGAUCACCACACGGGUUCGACAGUAGAGACAUGACAGUCUAUAAAGACGAUGAUAACAUCGCCUACUUGAUAUAUUCAUCAGAGGACAACAGUGUCCUGCAUAUCGGUCCUCUAACCGAGAAUUACCUCGAUGUGAAGCCGGUAAUGAAGAGAAUCAUGGUGGGACAACACCGAGAAGCUCCGGCUAUCUUCAAACACCAAAACACUUACUACAUGAUCACUUCUGGUUGCACCGGAUGGGCACCAAACGAAGCAUUAGCUCAUGCCGCUGAGUCGAUAAUGGGUCCAUGGGAGACAUUAGGGAAUCCAUGUGUUGGCGGGAACAAUAUUUUCCGGUCAACAACGUUUUUCGCGCAGAGCACAUUCGUGAUACCAUUACCAGGUGUUCCCGGUGUGUAUAUAUUUUUGGCGGAUAGGUGGAAUCCGGCGGAUUUGAGAGAUUCGAGAUAUUUAUGGUUACCGUUGAUAGUUGGUGGACCGGCUGAUAGGCCUCUUGAGUAUAAUUUCGGGUUUCCAAUGUGGUCGAGAGUGUCUGUAUAUUGGCAUAGACAAUGGCGGUUGCCUUCAGCAAGAGAGAAGAAGAUUGCUUAAAAAAGACUAAGCUUUUAGAGUCUUUUUACCUGUUACUUCUUCUUCUUCCAUUUGUUUGUUGUGCUGCUGCUCAUUGUUAUUGUUGUUGUUGUUGUUGUUGUGCUGCUCUGUUUUCGUUUACAGGUUAGAAAGAGAGAGAGAACUAUAGGGUCAUUGUUAAUACAGUUCACUUUUGAGGAUAGUGUAUGAGUUCUGUUACAUUUACUAUAGGACACAAUUCUGUUACUAUCAAUUUCUUAUAGCACUUCCGUUUUAUGCA